GGACUCUCAUGCUGGCGGGACUACCAGAUGUUUACAAACCCAUGAUUAUGGGUCUGGAAAGUUCCAGCAAGACAAUAACGUCAGAUUUCGUGAAGACAAAACUUUUGCAGGAAGUGAAAGUUUCAGAAUCUUCUGCAUUUUUUACAAAGCACAAGAAUAACUCCAGUGCCAAGUUAAAAGGAAAAGGCCCACGGUGCUAUAACUGUAACAAAUACGGGCAUUAUAAAAGUCAAUGCACAGUAAAAAAGUCAAAUCAUAAUGGUUUUUCAGCAGUUUUUUCAGCCCACAACAAUAUAUGUGAGGACGAUUGGUAUGUUGACUCCGGAGCCACAAUGCACAUGACAAAACGUUCUGACUGGAUGUAUGACAUACAACCUUCUCCGAUUCAACAAGUAAAGGUGGCUAAUAAUGAUGUUGUCUCCGUGCAAGAUAUGGCUUCCGGCAUCAAACAUCAGACCAGCACACCGUACACUCCUGAGCACAACGGUUUAGCUGAGCGCAUGAACCGGACGUUGGUUGAACGUGCAAAAUGCAUGUUAUUUGAAGCAAAGCUGCAAAAACAUUUGUGGGCAGAAGCAGUCACAGCUGCGGCCUAUGUUGUCAACCGAUCACCUUCACGGGUUUUGAGCGAGGUAACCCCGUAUGAAAAAUGGACGGAUUUCAGAUCCAUUGACUGCUGAAGAAGCUUUGUCUGGCAGUGAUGCUGAGAACUGGAAAUCAGCAAUGGAUGAAGAGUACCACUCUUUAUUAGAAAAUAAUACAUGGGAAAUUACUACUCUACCUGAAGGUAAACGUGCUAUACCAUGUAAAUGGAUUUUUAAAAAGAAAACUAAUGAAAAUGGAGAAUUAUCAAAGUAUAAAGCACGACUUGUGAUUAAAGGUUGUUCACAAAAACCUGGAAUAGAUUACACAGAGGUAUUUUCACC